AAUAGGGCGGGGCGGGCGGACUCCUGGGGCAGUGGCGGCGGCCGUUGGGGUGCGACCGUCCCCGCCCCCCUCGGGUCCCUUCGUCUUCCCGGCUCCGCUGAGCAAGCUGCUUUUCGCUGCCUGGUGUUUUGAGGCCAAGAUCCCGAGAGGGAUGGGUUUGUCCAGUAGAAGUUGGUUCAUGACCAAAUGGUGCCAGUGGGAAGUUAUUCAUCUAGAGUCAUAGUACACGUGGAUCUGGAUUGCUUUUACGCACAAGUAGAAAUGAUCUCAAAUCCAGAACUAAAGGACAAACCUUUAGGGGUUCAACAGAAAUAUUUGGUGGUUACCUGCAACUAUGAAGCUAGGAAGCUUGGAGUUAAGAAACUUAUGAAUGUCAGAGAUGCAAAAGAAAAGUGUCCACAGCUAGUAUUAGUUAAUGGAGAAGACUUGACUCGUUACAGAGAGAUGUCAUAUAAGGUUACAGAGUUGUUGGAAGAAUUUAGUCCAGUUGUUGAGAGACUCGGGUUUGAUGAAAAUUUUGUGGAUCUAACAGAAAUGGUUGAGAAGAGACUAGAGCAGCUUCAAAGUGAUGAACUCUCAGUACUGACUGUGUCGGGUCAUGUAUACAAUGAUCAUCCUGUAAACCUGCAUGACAUCUUGCACAUCAGACUACUUAUUGGAUCUCAGAUUGCAGCUGAGAUGCGGGAAGCCAUGAACAAUCAGCUGGGUCUCACUGGCUGUGCUGGAGUGGCUUCUAAUAAAUUAUUGGCAAAGUUAGUGUCUGGCGUCUUUAAACCAAAUCAACAAACAGUCUUACUACCUGAAAGUUCUCAAGAUCUCAUUCAUAGUUUGAACCACAUAAAGGAAAUGCCUGGUAUUGGCUAUAAAACUACCAAGCGUCUGGAAGCACUGGGUAUCAGUAGUGUGCAUGAUCUUCAAACCUUUUCAUCCAAAAUAUUAGAAAAGGAAUUAGGAAUUUCGGUUGCUCAGCGUAUCCAGAAGCUCAGUUUUGGAGAGGAUAACUCUCCUGUGACACCCUCAGGACCACCUCAGUCCUUUAGUGAGGAAGAUUCAUUUAAAAAAUGUUCAUCAGAAGUUGAAGCUAAAAAUAAGAUUGAAGAACUACUUGCUAGUCUUUUGAACAGAGUCUGCCAAGAUGGAAGGAAGCCACAUACAGUAAGAUUAAUAAUCCGUCGGUAUUCAUCUGAGAAGCACUAUAGCCGUGAGAGUCGUCAGUGCCCAAUUCCAUCCCACAUAAUUCAGAAGUUAGGGACAGGAAAUUAUGAUGUGAUGACCCCAAUGGUUGAUAUACUUAUGAAACUUUUUCGAAAUAUGGUGAAUGUGAAGAUGCCAUUUCAUCUUACCCUUUUAAGUGUGUGCUUCUGCAACCUUAAAGCCCUAAAUACUACUAAGAAAGGGACUAUUGAUUAUUAUUUAACGCCAUCAUUAUCAACAACGUCACGCUCUGGCAAACGCAGUUUUAAAAUGAAAGACACUCACAUGGAGGAUUUUUCUAAAGACAAGGAAACAAAUUGGGAUUUUCUACCAACUGGAAGAAUUGAAAGUACAAGAACUGGGGAGUCUCCACCAGAUACUACAAAUUUUUCUAAAGAAAAAGACAGGCAUGAAUUUCCAGUCUCCUCACUUCCUGAGGGUAUUGACCAAGAAGUCUUUAAGCAGCUUCCAGUAGAUAUUCAAGAAGAAAUCCUUUCUGGAAAAUCUAGAGAAAAAGUUCAAGAGAAAGGAAGUUUGAAUUGUCCAUUACAUACUUCUAGAGGAGUAUUAUCUUUCUUUUCUACAAAACAAAUUCAAGCUGGUUCCUUAAAUCCUAGAGAUCAUUUAUCCAGUAGCAAACAGAUAUCCUCCGUAUCUCCCUGUGAACCAGGAACAUCAGGCUUAAAUAGCAGUAGUUCCUCUUAUGUGUCUAACCAGAAGGAUUAUUCACAUUAUAUAGACAGUAGCUUAAAAGAUGAACGAAUGAGUCAAGGACCUAAAGAAUCUCAAGGAUUCCACUUUUCAAGUACAAACGCUGCUGUAUCUGUUUUCCAUUCAUUUCCAAAUUUGCAGAGUGAGCAACUUUUCUCCAAAAACCAUACUACAGACAGCCAUAAACAGCCAAUGGCAACAGUCUCUAUUCAUGAAGGACUUACAGAAAAUAGAGAGCAAGAUUCUACUGAUGAGAAGAUUACCCUUCCUUCUGACAUUGAUCCUGAAGUUUUCUAUGAACUACCAGAAGAGGUACAAAAAGAACUGUUGGCUGAUUGGAAGAGAACAGGAUCAGAUUUCCACACUGUACAUAAAUAAGCAUGCUCAGAAAAAAGGGAAAGACCAUUGUUCUCAGAGUAGCAGUUUAUUAGGCUCUUCUAAAUUAAACACUAAUACUUUCAAUAAUGUAGAAACACAAUAUAAAACGUUCCAGAUAAAGCAAACGUAGUUAUGGGAAGUAAAUUCUGGCACAAAGCGUAAGAAUAUUCAUAACAGAAAUAAUGUAAAAUAUUACCUUCCUCUUAUUUCUAAAGCUAUUUUAUAUUGCUUUUCAAUAAAAAAAUAUCAUGGUCA